CAAACUUCCCGACUGUCAGGCACUGCCAAAAUGGUGAUAGUCCCCUAGAGAUUGAUCGGAACUUGUUUUGUUAGAGUGAACAAGAUGGACGCGAAGAACGAGACGCAAGAUAUCGAGCUCAGUGCGCAAGGGACGAGCAAUAAGCCCAGCGAUGUCGCCCUCAAAUCGGACCUCCCCGAGAGAGGCUCCUGGGCCUCGAAGCUGGACUUCAUCCUCUCUGUGGUCGGCCUCGCCAUCGGCCUCGGGAACGUGUGGCGGUUCCCAUACCUCUGCUACAAGAACGGCGGCGGCGCGUUCCUGAUUCCUUACUUCUUGACGCUGUUCCUGGCUGGUAUACCCAUGUUCUUCAUGGAGCUGGCCAUGGGUCAGAUGCUGACGAUUGGAGGGCUGGGCGUGUUCAAGAUUGCGCCGAUUUUUAAAGGCAUCGGCUACGCGGCGGCAGUGAUGUCUUGCUGGAUGAACGUGUACUACAUCGUCAUCCUCGCCUGGGCCAUCUUCUACUUCUUCAUGUCCAUGCGAUCAGAGGUCCCAUGGAGAAACUGCGACAACUACUGGAACACGGCUUCCUGUGUCAACCCGUACGACCGCAAGAACCUCAACUGCUGGUCUUCCUUCAACAAGACCACCUACUGCGUGCUCAACGGCCAAAACAUUACAAAAGUCGCCCUCUCUGACCCCGUCAAGGAGUUCUGGGAACGUCGAGCCCUCCAAAUCUCGAGCGGUAUCGAGCACAUCGGAAAUAUCCGCUGGGAGCUCGCCGGCACCCUGCUGCUGGUGUGGGUGUUAUGCUACUUCUGCAUCUGGAAGGGCGUGCGAUGGACCGGGAAAGUUGUCUACUUCACUGCUCUGUUCCCGUACUUCCUCCUGACCGUGCUACUGAUCAGAGGUAUAACCCUCCCCGGCGCGAUGGAAGGCAUCAAGUUCUACGUGAUGCCGAACAUGUCCAAGUUGUUCGAGUCGGAAGUCUGGAUCGACGCCGUCACGCAGAUCUUCUUCUCGUACGGACUUGGCCUUGGCACUCUCGUGGCCCUCGGCAGCUAUAACAAGUUCACUAAUAACGUGUACAAAGACGCGUUGAUAGUAUGCACCGUCAACUCCAGUACGUCCAUGUUCGCUGGAUUCGUCAUCUUCUCUGUCGUCGGUUUCAUGGCUCACGAGCAGCAAAGGCCGGUCGCUGAAGUGGCUGCCUCAGGUCCUGGUCUAGCUUUCCUCGCCUACCCGUCAGCGGUCCUCCAGCUCCCGGGCGCUCCGCUCUGGUCCUGUCUCUUCUUCUUCAUGCUGCUCCUCAUCGGUCUGGACAGCCAGUUCUGCACCAUGGAGGGGUUCAUCACGGCCGUUAUUGAUGAGUGGCCGAAGUUGCUGAGGAGGAGGAAGGAGAUCUUCAUUGCGAUUACGUGUGUCAUUUCGUAUUUGGUUGGACUAUCUUGUAUAUCUGAGGGCGGCAUGUACGUGUUCCAAAUCCUGGACUCGUACGCCGUGUCCGGCUUCUGUCUGCUCUUCCUCAUCUUCUUCGAGUGCGUCUCCAUCUCCUGGGCCUUCGGCGUCAACCGCUUCUACGACGGCAUCAAGGAGAUGAUCGGCUACUACCCCACUAUCUGGUGGAAGUUCUGCUGGGUCGGAUUCACGCCUGCUAUUUGUAUUAGCGUGUUCAUCUUCAACUUGGUGCAAUGGACUCCGAUCAAAUACAUGAACUACGAGUACCCGUGGUGGGCGCACGCGUUCGGCUGGUUCACGGCACUAUCCUCCAUGAUGUGCAUCCCGGGGUACAUGGUGUAUCUGUGGCGAGUCACGCCGGGUACUACGAGUGAGAAAUUCCAUAAGAUCGUACGUAUCCCGGAGGAUGUGCCGACGCUGCGCACCAAGAUGCAGGCUGAGGAAAUUCAAAAGCACGGCGUAGCUUCAGCUUAAACUAGUCUUAUGACCGCGAUCUCAAGGACUUUCGGGAUAACAACCUUGUGUAGUUUAACAUAAGAUUCAAUUUACAACGACUCGGAGAUGACAUAAUUUAGUUUCAUCUAAUCUUAAAUUUGACUACACAAGCUCGAACAAGAAUUGAUAUUCUAAAUCCACGCACAAUUUAAAACACCUUUUAAGGUGUGUAAUGUGUCAUAAAUUAUAAAUAAUAAUUAAUUACCGCUGUAGGAACUCGAUUAACUACUCGGUUUGAUUGAAUACUCUAAAAUAUUUUAAAUAUUUUUAUGAGUUAGUAUAAUUUUAAUUUGUGACUCUUUUGGGUGCGUUGCGACGCGUUCAUGUAUGUUAGAUUUACGCUAUAUUUCUAUAUUUAGGAGUUGUGUUAGUACAUUAAAAAGUUAAGCGAACCGUAUGAGUGGGACUAUGUUACGAAGUAUAAACUCUGUUACUAUUAUUGUCUUCCAUGAAGCUUAGUGCUUAGAUUGUAUUUAAGCUUGUAUUCAACUGUAUUUUAUAAUUAUAAUCAAUAUUUCUAAGAGUCCAGUAACCUGAGAGCGUAUAACAUGCAAAGUUGCCAAAAUUUAAAUUACAAUUUUAUCUAGAAAAGAGAUGUAGUGAUGAACUUAUUGACUUCAUGUGUUCGUAAAAGGAUCAGAUAUAAUACAGUAUAUAAAUGCCUGUUUGUGUGUGUGUCCUGCUAUUUAAUCUUGUUAUCCUUAAAGGAAUUAGUUAUAGUUUUAAUUGGUGUUUUGGUAGUUUAAAUGUUUAAAUUAAAAAUAUUACAAACGCAACGGGACGCGUGUUUUCGAAUCUGUAUGGUGUUUUAGGAAAUGUAUUUUAAGAUAAUAUAUAUUGUCUAUACCUGAAACUAUUUAAUCACUAAAUUAUUUACAUGAAUGCAAGAGUUUAAAUGAAAUUUAUAUUAUUUACAAAUUGUUUUACAUAAUCUUGAAUGAAUACAAAUAUUUAAAGAGAUAAGUCGAGAUGUAAAUUAUGAUAUAAUUGUUAUUUUAGUUUUAUUGAUAUUUUUUAUACCUAUUUACUCGUAUUUGGUUAAUCAGCUUUAAUUAUUUUACUAGAUUAUGUUACUAGUCGAUUAAAUAAUCGCUAUUUAUUAUAAAUAUUCGUUAAAAUACAUUUUAAUAUUUAUGUUGUAAUUCCUAAUGAUUUCAUUCUAUAUAAUAUAAAUGCAUUUUAUAUAAUCAUAUUUUUCGUAAGGGUAUUUUUAGUAAAAUUUAGUGUUCCGUCAGAGACCAAAAUUCUAUAAAUUAUAUUUCAGAUGACGUCUACUGUAGAUUUUCUACAAAAAUAGAACAAUUACAAUAAACGUACUCAUAGUCGAGUGAAGUAUACAGGGCGUUUACUAAUGGAGCAAAAUCGGCCAAUAAUUAUGACAACGAAACCAAACCGUAUCAAAAAUUAGAUGUUCAAAAACCAUCGGAGAUAGUCACUAGUCCAGUAAAAAUACUCUUAUAAACUCAAACUAAAAGAACUUAAAUCGUGUUCAAAUUAUAAUUAACUUUUCACUUAUUAUACUAUCGUCAAUUUAUUAAAUAAUAAUAUAAAACAUAGUGAACAUUCGUAGUUGUUUAUUAGAAGAUAUAAAGUAUAAAUGUAUUACGGUAGUAAAUUAUUAUAAAAAUAUAUUCCUACAUUUGCUUAAUUCAAUUCAUUUACUUAUGUUUAGUGCCAAUUUAUAGCAAUUUAUGAUAUUAUGUAACUUCAAAUCAUGAAUGUAAUUCAUUUAAAUACCGGCAAUUAAAUUUGAUUGUAAUUUAAAUGAAACCCAAAAUAAAAUGUAAUUUUUGAA